AUGACGGAGCGGGAGCCCCAGCUGUCGCACUCGGGCGACGAUGCGACACCAGCCGGAACAGGGGCCAGGAGCACCGGCGGCAUCACAAGCGGGGACACAAGCGAGAGCGCAACCGCAAGUGGUAGUGGAAGUGCCAUCCUGGACCCGGCCGUCGACGCAGAGCAGAUAGGAAGGCCCAGGACAGCGACCACCACGGCCGAGAUCGACAGCACCAUAAUACACCCGGGCAGCGUUAAGAUCAAUGUCAAGGGCGCCUUUAUCGUGGAGCAGGACUCGGCGACCCCCGUGGCCCAGAGCUUCAACGGCGGGAGGGGGUCGCCCGACCACCACCAGACCAAGGACAUAAGGCUGCCCAACCACACAGCCGUGGUGAGCCACAUAGCAGUGGACAUCGGCGGGUCCCUGGCCAAGCUCGUCUACUUCUCGCGCGAGGGCUUCUCCACCGAGCCCGGCGGCCGCCUCAACUUCACCAUCUUCGAGACCGACAGGAUAGACGACUGCAUCGCCUUCAUGCGCCACCUCAAGGAGAACCAACAGACCCUCAACGGCUCCAACCCCGGCCAGCUGAUCGUCAUGGCCACCGGCGGCGGCGCCUACAAGUACUACGACAAGAUCCGCGACGUGCUGGGCGUCGACGUCAUCCGGGAGGAGGAGAUGGAGUGCCUGAUAAUAGGCCUGGACUUCUUCAUCACCGAGAUCCCGCGCGAGGUCUUCACCUACAGCGAGACCGACCCCAUGCACUUCGCGAGCCCCGAGGAGAACAUGUACCCCUACCUGCUCGUCAACAUCGGGUCCGGCGUGUCCAUGCUCAAGGUCUCCGGCCCAAGGGAUUUCCAGCGCGUGGGCGGCACGAGCCUCGGCGGCGGCACCCUCUGGGGCCUGCUGAGCCUGCUCACCGGCGCGAGGACCUUCGACGAGAUGCUCCACAACGCCGCGCUCGGCGACAACUCCCACGUCGACAUGCUGGUGGGUGACAUCUACGGGACGGACUACGGCAAGAUCGGCCUGAAGAGCACCACCAUCGCGAGCUCCUUCGGCAAGGUGUUCAAGAUGAAGCGCGAGGCCGAGAGCGAGGCCGAGGACAUGGGCGGCCUGAGCAACGGCGACAUAGACCACGCUCUUCACGAGCAACGGCAGCAGAACCAGCAACAGACACAUCAUCAACACCCAGCAGCACCAUCAUCAUCAUCCGGCCCUGGGCAACCAGCACCAGCGCCGGCAGACACAUCGCGCUUCUCCUCAGCCGACGUGUCCCGCUCCCUCCUCUACGCCAUCUCCAACAACAUCGGCCAGCUGGCCUUCCUGCAGUCGCAGGUGCACGGGCUGGAGCGCAUCUACUUCGGCGGCUCCUUCAUCCGCGGCCACCCGCAGACCAUGAACACGCUGUCGUACGCCAUCAAGUUCUGGUCCAAGGGCGCCAAGCAGGCCUACUUCCUGCGCCACGAGGGCUACCUGGGCGCCGUCGGGGCGUUCCUCAAGCGGCAGCCGCGCAACUGGGGCCGCAGGGGCAGCUUCGAGGAGGGCGGCAGCGGGAGCCUCGGCCUCGAGAGCAGGAUGAAGGGCCGCGCCGACGACAGCAUCGAGACGCCCCAGCCCGUCAUGGAGUACCCCGGGACCGCGUCGACGGCGUUCGCAUAUCCUGGCACGCUGCCUAGUGCAUAA